AUGUAUGUGAUAAAGUGGAUAUAUUUUCUACUGUUAUCAUGUCAUUCGAUAAUAGCGAAGCCUCUACUCGAUUCGAGUCUUGACCUCAAUGAAGUUGUCUAUCACGACGAGCUAUCGAAGAUUUAUCUUGGUUCACCAUCAAUUGUUCGUUUGUCAUCCGGACGACUCAUUGCUAGCCACGAUUUCUUUGGUCCAGGCUAUGCAUCUCAACCACGAAAUGCGUCUGUUUACAUCAGUGAUGAUGACGGGCAAAACUGGGUGUUUAACUCUUACAUCAAACACAGUUAUUGGACAACAUUAGCUGUUUAUAAGGAUAUGAUUUACGCGAUCGGAACAGACAGUGAUGAGAAUGCGAAUAUUAGAAUUCAUCGAAGUAGCGAUCAAGGUGCAUCAUGGAACUAUAACGGUAAUGAUAACGGGAUCAUAUUGUUUCGCGGUUCGUACGCCACAGGUCCAACGCCGAUUGUGAUUGCUGAUCAAGUUAUGUAUCGAGCAAUUGAAGCUUGGCCUGCUCCGUCUCGAUGGCCUGAUAACUUUCAAGCUGCCAUUAUAAGCUGCAAUUUAACGAAAUCAAGUUCGACUAUUAACGAUGAUGACGAUCCACUUAUGUCACCUGAAAAUUGGCGAAUAACUCCACCAAUGACGUUCAAUAAGUCUUGGAUACCAAAGACAUUUCCCAAUAUAACGCAACCCGGAUACUUAGAAGGCAAUGUCGUCGUCGCAACAUCACCAUCAAAACAACUACGUAUCUACAAUAUUCUUCGAUUUAAUUCGGCUCCAUUAGCGAAUCUAGCUAUUGUCUUAGAACUAGAGCAAACAACAAACACAUUAUCGUUUGUUUCGAUAAUAAGCUUUCCAGGCGGUAUGACUAAAUUCACUAUCAGAUACGAUCCUAUUCUGGAAGCUUAUUUUACAUUUGUAAAUCCAGUCACACAAAACUACUAUCCAACUCAACGAAAUAUUCUCAGUUUGUCGUAUUCAAAAGAUUUAAUCGAUUGGAAAAUUGCAGCUGAUAGUCUUCUAUACGAUGACACCGGUUUUACAGUGAAUGAUAGCCUUCGCUACACCGGCUUCCAUUAUGUCGAUUGGCAAUUUGAUAAUCUAUCGUCAUCAGCAUCGAACAGAAAUGCAAGUUGCAUUGAAUGGAACUGCGAUGGUGGUCCCGAUAUGAUUUAUUUAGUUCGCACGUCGUAUCGUGGUGCUAAUUCGUUUCAUAACUCAAAUCGUAUCACUUACAAGACACUAAAAGGUUAUCGAGCUUUGAUAAAAGACGAUUCGAAAGCGAAGUCUUCGAUUAAAUAA